GGCGAAGGGAAUAGAAGUCGCUUCUUAUGGACGGCAAAGACAGGAGGUCGUACAAAACUUAAGCGAAGGAAACCAGCGUUUAGGUAUAUAAUUAGCUAUGGAUUUGCCUGUUCCAAGUAUUGGUGACGUUCAUGGACUGCUGCUAGCUUUGCAGAAAAAUUUGGAGUGUCCAAUCUGUCUGGAGGUGAUGAAAGAGCCAGCGUCAACAAACUGUGGUCAUACCUAUUGCAGGUUCUGUGUUUUGAAACUGCUUACACAGAAGAAAGAUGUAACACGGUGUCCACUUUGCAAUGCCAAAAUCACUAAAAGAGGUCUGAGGGAUGAUAUCUUUCUUAGAGAAGUAAUCAAAGGAAUUCUAGAAUCCAUCCAUGCUUUUGAGUGCGAUACUGGAUUCAAGUUUUCAGAUGAUUUGUGUUACCCCAAGAAAGUGAUAGAAACUGUUUCUGCUUCAUCCACAUCUAAAGAACAAUUGAUUAUUAACAGUAAGGGAUAUAGAAAUAGAUUGAAAUCUAUGAAGAAAGAAGAAGAGAGAAAUACUGAAUUGGGUGACAACUGCAUCUUGCCACAGUGCAAUGGAAAUGAAACAAGAUAUUCUCUCAGAAAGAAAAAAAACUCUAGUAAAACUGUGGUUUUGGAAAUCAAUGAGGAGCACAGAUCAGUUUCAUCUGAAGAUAUUUUUAAAGAAGAGAACAUAGUCAGCUGCAUGGAUUUUGAAAGUCCUUCCUCAUCUCAAGUUGGCAAUGACUGUACUAUGAAUCGAAGCCAAAACUCUUGCCACAUAGAGCAUCCUGAAACAGUUGCCACACAUGAACCAUCCUUAAAUAUAGAUAUAUGUGGAGCCUUAGAAGGGAGAAAACUAGGAAGCCAAGAUGAUACCCAAACUGUCAAUGAAAACUUAGAAAUUUUUGAGGAAAAUGUGACUGUCAAACAGCAACAAGAUGUAUCUUUUCUAGAUUCCUGCAUGGAACAACCUGGUUUUAGUUACCUACAGGAUGAUAGAUCUUCUUCUUUCUGCAGGACGACACAAGUACAAUUGGUUGGUGAAGCCAUGCAUAUGAAUACAAAUGAACAGAUAGAUAAUGGCGAAAAAACUCUCAUUGACCAAUCUGCUGGAAAUUUAUCAGUUGUAUGCGGAAAUAAGGAAUGCCAAUUACAGUCCCAGACUAUGCCUGGUGUCUGUCUGAGUAAAAGUUCUGGGGAGGAAAUGAUACAGGAGAUUAAUGAAGUCAAUGAGUGGGUUUCUAAAAGCAAGGAGAUCCUUUCUUCUAAUUCACUGGUGAAUGGUUGCAGUGAAGAGCGUCUUCAGGAUUCAGAUUCCUCGGAUUCUCAGAUCUCUCAACCACUGAGAAAGGUAGCCACUCAAAAGAGAAUAUUCGAUCUGAAUGAUUUCGUUAAAAGACAGGAUGGAAAAGCAAGUGACAAGGAAUUAGUUAGAAAGAGAGAAGACCCUGUUGUGGAAAAUAGUGAUCAAACCUUUGGUGGUGUUAAAAAAUCCCCAGCAGAACCAUCAGAAGCUGCUUUUUUAAAAGUAGCCUGUGUUGAGGAAGCAGUGUCCAUCUUGAAAGGAGAUGGAGAUAAACAACCUCAGAAUGAAUGCCACGUGUUACCAGAAUUGAACCUAACAAAAAUGAAAAACAAAAGUUAUUUGAACAAGAGAAGUAAAGAAUUAAUCAAACCACUUGGUAAACUGCAGGUGUUGAAUAAAAGCCCUAUGCUAUCUGAGGAGACCAAGGAAGAGCUGGAUAUUAAGGAGCUGAGAAAAAUGAGUCAAAACCAGAAGCGAGUCAAAUGGAACAAGGAGAUUCAAUUAUUCACAAAAGAAGCCAGGAGACAAAGUGUACCAACUAAGAGAAAAAUAAAUGUGAAUGAGAGAGAACUAAAACAAUCUAUUUCUCUUUCAGAAACAAUGCCAUCUUCCUCUGUAACAGAAGAUGACUUCUGUAUCCUGCAGGAAAAUCCAAAGAAAGUAAAGUUUUAUUCAGAUAUCAGCAUGAUUGAUAAGCUGAACCUAUGUAAUCUAGACAUGGCGUAUGCUAACCAUGAAAAGUUUCCUCAUGUGAUUGGGACUUUAAAAGACAUUCUGAAUACUAAAGGAACUGCAGAGAGCCACAAUGCAGAUUCCCAAGACAGGAACUCACACUUGCAGUUUCAUCUUGGAAAGGUAGAACAAGCAGUUUCUAAGAAUAAACAGGUCAUGAUGAAUCAACUUGAAAAAUAUGCAAUUUGUUCUGAAAUAAUACAGUGUGAUAAAAUUUGCACAGAUAAUUGCAAGUCUCCUGAAAUCAACAAUAAAGCUAAAGGGAAUUGUGAAUUGAAUCUGGAAACUGAAGAGAGUGAACUAGAUCCAGGCUUCAUGCAGAAUAUAUUUAGCUGCUGCAAACGCCUGUCAUUCUUGUUAUGUCCAAGUCAAGUAAAGGAAUUGGCUGUGAGUAAUAAAUAUUUGCAAGGGCUAAGCCCUGACAAAAGGGAUAAAGAUGGAACACAUGAAGAGAAAUGUGAUGUUUCUUGUCACAUGAAUAAAAGUACCUCUAUCCAAACACCAACAUUUUCUAUAUCCAGUUUUUCUGAACAUAAAAAUGAAUACCCUCAGUUUGCCUUGAAAGUUCCAUUUCCUGAUUGUCCAUCAAUAUCUCUACAAUCAGUUACCAGAAAUGAAGAAGAUGGAUGUCAACCAGAAAGUAAAAAGACAGUGGAUGAACAGAGACAAUCUCCAGGGUUAGAGAAAAUUACUGAAAGUCCAGAUGAUUGCAUUAGAAGUUUGAAUGUCUGGAAAAAUAGCAAUUUGCACGACACAAGUUUCAGCCAAAUUAAUAGUAGUUCUGGUUCAGUCCACUUCCAAGAAGCAAAAUCCCAAGAUAUUGAAAACAAAAAAAUGGAACUGAAUUCUCAGAUAGAAUUAAUGCAGCAACAUUAUUUAAAUUCUGUGCCAUUGUUACUUGAAUUCAUCAAUGCUGGAAAAAAGAACCCCAUGAAAGAAAAGCAACUAAACAGUCACACAGAAAAAGCUGUUGCUGUUUCUAGCACCGGUGGGAUUAAGAGUGCGAUUCCCCAACUGAAUUUAGAAUGUUCUGCGAAAGAGCAUCAACAUUUUGAACUGCUGUCAGAGACACCAGACAACGUUUUGGACCCAGCUACCAGAAGUAAAAAGGGUUCACCAAACCUUUGGGAAACAAAUGACAUCUUGGCCAUGUCUGCUAAAACAGACAAGCAAAUUACUAAAGGAACAGAUCUGGAUAGUAAAAACAAAUGCAGUCCCACGUUGAAGAGUCAGGACUUUGUUUUGACUUACCAGAAAUUGCUACAGAAGCUGCCAUUCUCAGAAGAUGAUUCCAGUGAAGAUGAAAAGCUUCCUUGUUCUCAGGAACGAAUAAAUAUGCAAAGCACACAGUCACAUCCAGUAAAAGAGAAGAAGAUACCAGUAGAGAUGCUAGCAUCAGAGAGCAAUAGCAGAAGUUGUUUCAAACACAAAAAAGAGGAUGUCUGCCAAAGCCAAGAAUCAGAAUUCUCUCUGAAUUUAUUUUCUUCUCAGUCAAAUGUAUCUGUGGUUUCUGGCAAAGCUUGUAAUUCAAAGGAUUUAUUCCCAUUCUCUAAUUCCAAAGAGAAAUUGCCCAGUCUCAGUGGGAAUAACGAAGACAUUUCACCUAGUGAUAAAGUCUCUAUAGAUGCUGAGCAACUAAAAUGUGGACAAGAAGAAUAUGCACAUUCAGAAUCCAAUUUAGGUGAAGAAAUGAUGCCCUAUGACAGUGAAGCAACCGCUCUGGAAGAUUCAUUUGGUCAAUUCUCUCAGAGUGAAAUUCUUACCACACAGCAAAGGGAUGCUAUGCAAAAUAACUUAAAGCAACUGCAGCAGAAGAUGGCUUUCAUUGAAGCUGUCCUCAAAGAGGGAAGCCAGAGUAUGGGCUCUGAAGGAUGGUCAUUGGAAAGAGAGCAGACAGAAACAAGAAAGGAAAUGCAUAGUAUAUUGGAAAAGUCAGUCUCUCCCUUGGCACAUACCACCUGCUGUAGUUCAAAUAAAAGGAAAAGAAAGAGUCUACUUCUGACUGGAAGGCAAAAAAUGUCUCUGGUGGCAUCUGGCUUAAACCAGAGUGAAUUGAAACUAGUUCGUAAAUUUGCCAAGAAAACUCAGAGCACUUGGUGUAAUAAACUGACUGAACAAACAACUCAUCUAAUAAUGAAAACAGAUGAGGAUCUGGUCUGUGAAAGAACCCUGAAAUACUUUAUAGGUGUUGCUGCACAAAAAUGGGUAUUGAGCUACCAGUGGAUUAUACAUUCAUUAGAAGCAGGAAGAGUUCAUAAAGAGGAAGAUUUUGAAGUGAGAGGAGAUGUAAUCAAUGGGAGAAACCACCAAGGACCUAAAAGAGCAAGAGAAUCACCUGUUGGAAAGCUUUUCCAAGGAUUGGAGAUUUGCUGCUAUGGGCCAUUCACUGACAUGCUCCCAGAACAUCUGGAAUGGAUUGUACAACUCUGUGGCGCCUCCCUUGUGAAGCAACCUCACUUAUUUACACAUGCAACAGACUCCAUUGCUGUGAUAGUUGUUCAGCCUGAUGCAUGGACCGAAGAAACCACCUGCCAAGCGCUCCCGCUGCAAUGCAGCACUCCUGUAGUUUCUCGUGAGUGGGUGCUGGACAGUGUUGCCUGCUAUCAAUGCCAGCCGUUCAGCGACUACAUCAUUUCACAGGAACCAUCUUCCAUGUCUGAAUAAUAAAGUGCUUGUAGUCUGAAUAGGAGUACAGCUUUCAAUGGGUUUCUCACCUACACUGAUAAGUGAAUUUUGGAAACUGGAGAAAUAUCCAGAAGCCUGAUGAAUUGUGACAUCUUUCAUGAGAUUUCAAGUCCAGGAGCAAUCUCUAAUUUAUGCAUUUAUUUUCUUUAAUUUAUCUAUUGCUUGUCAUGUCAUGUGCUUCCAAGUGGUGUACAAAAGCAGCAUAGCUUUUGUACAGUUCAGUUAUAGUUAAAAAGUAAUAGUUGAAAUAAUAUGUAGCCCACAUUAAAGACUAAUAAUAAGGCAGAACACUACCAACUUGAAAUGUUAUCAAAUAAAAAGGUUUCACAAUUA